AUGUCCGACGAGAUCGUCAUCAGAGAGGUCGUCCCAGGUUUGACCAUCUUCUCCAAGCCAUUCGCGCGCCUUGGGAUCGUCCCCUUUGGAGGUCGUACAACCGCCAUCAAGCUCAACAGCGGCGAAGUAUGGGUAUUUGUCUCUACUCCACUGAGCGAUGACACGAAAUCGACGCUCGAUAGCAUGGGGAUCGUCAAAUACCUCGUCACGCCGGAUGCACUCCACACUCUCUACAUCAGCGAGUAUCAUAAAGCAUAUCCAAAUGCCAAGUGCAUCGGUGUGGAGCCGUUGAUUCAUAAGAAGAAGGAUAUCAACUGGGCUGGAGCAUACGGCUUUGCUGAGGGAACCACGUACGGGUAUGAGGACGAGCUCAGAGCAUGCUAUUUCUCUGGCUUCCAGAACAAAGACGUCGCUUUCCUGCACAUUCCCUCCAAGACUCUGAUAGUCGCUGAUCUCCUGUUCAACCUCCCUGGAAAGGAGCAGUAUUCGAAGAGCAAGCAGUCGGGUCACAGUAUCUUCACCAGCGGCCUCAACCCGUACUCGGGUUUCUAUAAGCGGUUCCUCAACUCGGUUACAUCUGAUAAAGCUGCUAUGGGUCGUGAUGCGAAGACGGUGGCAUCUUGGGACUUUGAGCGGAUUAUCCCCUGUCACGGGGAUGUGAUCGAGGGCAAGGGGAAGGAGGCGUGGACGAGGGCAUAUGCGAACUUGCUCAAGUAG